AGAAGUGGGUAGAGAUCCACCACUUCCUCUGGACCUGCUUGGAACUGAAGGAUCCUGUGUCUGCAGUGAAAGCUCCAGAGAUUUGAGAGAACCAAAGUGGAGCGAACAGCAGUCACCGUAGCACUGCUGCUCAUCGCCCUGGAACCAGGAUGCAUUAUCCUGUUGGAGCAGAAACUGAAGGCCAAAGACAUUGUUGAGUGUGGAUCAGCCCCCUGCAGCAGAUGAUGUUUGAUGACUGCUCAGGAGGAAGGCUGUAGGUGACAUUGACUCUGUAAGUGUGAAGUUUCGGAGGAGCAAAGUGAGACAAGUCAUGGCUGAUGGAAGUGCAGCUGAGUGGUGAACCCUUCAGUCCGCGCGGGCAGCCCAGAGAUGACCACCAUGUCAAUGGAGCCUGUCGGAGUCCUCGUUGAAAGGGGCGCCAAUGCCACUGCCCCCCCUCUGAACUCACACGAGGACACAGCAGCCACCUUUACCAUUGGCACCAUUCUCUCCAUCAUGUGCCUCGUUGGAGUGUCAGGGAACAUCUACACCCUGGUGGUCAUGUGCCAUUCCAUGAGGACUGCAGCCUCUAUGUACAUUUACAUCAUCAAUUUAGCUUUGGCCGAUCUGCUGUAUCUUCUCACCAUUCCCUUCGUGGUCUGCACACACUUCCUGAAGGGAUGGUACUUCGGGAACACCGGGUGUCGCAUUCUGAUCAGCAUGGACUUCAUGACCAUGCAUGCCAGCAUCUUCACACUGACGAUCAUGAGCACAGAACGCUACUUUGCAGUGCUCAAGCCGCUCGACACGGUCAAGCGGUCUAAAAGUUACCGGAAGGCCAUCGCUCUGCUGGUGUGGGUAGCUUCUUUCAUCCUGGCCCUACCAAUGAUUGUGAGCAUUCAGCUAAUGACAGUGGAGAAGAAAUCCAUGUGUCGGCCCACCUUGUCCCCACUCUCCUACAAGGCUUACAUCUCCGUCCUGUUUUGCACCAGCAUCGUCGCUCCAGGACUGAUCAUUGGCUAUCUCUACACCCAGCUUGCGCGCACGUAUUGGGUUUCACAGACAGAGACCUUCAAACAGACCAAGAAACUUCCCAACCAAAAGGUGCUGUACCUGAUCUUCACAAUCGUGCUUCUCUUCUGGGCAUGCUUCUUGCCAUUUUGGAUCUGGCAGCUGCUUGGUCAGUUCCACCCGUCGCUGACCCUCUCCACCAAAGCCAAAAGCAACAUCAACUACCUGACCACGUGUCUGACGUACUCCAACAGCUGCAUUAACCCUUUCCUCUACACACUGCUCACCAAGAACUACAAGGAGUACCUGAAGAAGCACAAGCGCUCCUGGACGGCAGGCAGUUACUUCAACCGGAGGAGUCGUUUUCAGCGCUCUCCUCGCAGGUCUCCAUCUUCCAGCAGUCAGCAGUGUACUGAGAGCUUCAUGCUCUCACAUACAGCCUCCCUGCGAGCUCAUAACAGCAGUUUGUGAGGUAGGAGCAGCUUUCAUUCACUGACAUUUGAGAUUUUCUGAGGUCAUGCGAAAAUUAAAAGAAUUCAUCCUGAGUAUUUCCUGAAACAUACCGUGGUGCUGCACCAAUUUCCUGUAUUUUUCCAUCCUUAUACUAACAAUUAUGCAUCAGAAGCCUAUGAGCCAGUGUUGUUGUUGGAGGUUUCUAUCAGAGGAAAGCCUUGUGUUGGGUUAUGUGACUACAGAUGGCAUUGAUUUGUGUCUCUGUGAAAACAGGUCUGUUUAGGAUUCCCACUACCUGGUAUGCAGUAUAACAUGUGGAGCAAGUGCCUCUUGAUUUUUCUGUAUGGGACUGGGUGAGCUUUGUGGAACAUGUUCAAAAAUAAUAAAUAUUCACAAGCAUGGGACAUUUUGAAUGUUCGGAAGGGAAACUUUUGUGCCAUUGGGUUUCUGAGAUGUAUCUACUUCGUCAAGGGGUUCCAAGCAUGAAUAAGUCAAACUCAUAUUACAUAAGGCCCGGUCAUAGAGUUCCACUUAAUAAAUAAGAAAUUAAAUAUCUUCUAUCUUUGUCACUCCUGCGUUCAUACAGGCACAUAUUACACUAUAUACGUUUAUUUAAGUCUUUUCAGGAAUUUAACUGAAUAGUCUUCUUUUGGGCCCAGUACAAUAGUACAAUUUCUUUCAUGUCAAAACUGCAUCAGUUGUAGUAUAUAUAUUAAAUAUUCAGUCUGUGUCAGAAUGAAUAUUCUUUAAAAUGAAAUUUUCAUUGCUCUUUAAAUGUUUCUCGCCAUUAUAUCUUAUCUACAACUAAGCGAGCAGAGACGUUUAAAUGAAUAAAAAGAAAUUCCCUGCAAGUAAAGGAUCAAUGGUUGGAAUAUUUAGCUAAAAAUUAUGGAUAAGUGUUGAAAUAGUCGGAGGUUAAUGUUUUCUCACACAUGUUUCUAAAAAUAGAACACAUGGAGAACCUCAGCAACAAGAGAUUGUUUUGUCAAAUUAAUUCAUGACAAGCAAAAUUUUGGAAAUAUUUGCUAAAAUCAUUUAGUUUAGAUCAUAAGCAUAGACCUCUUGUUCAAUUCCUUGAAAAUGUUCUAAUCAUGAAUGACCUCUUAACCUAAAUUAAAUAUGCAUCAAUUACUGUUUAUUAAAGUGCACCUACUGUCUUUUUGAAUUAUUAAACAUUACAGAUGAUUCCUAUUUACAAAGAUAAGAAAAUGCAUUAUUCAUGAGGUGCUUCAUUCUACAUGCACACUAUCAAAAUUUGCAAUUAUGUAGCAAUUCAAACUUUUUCUAGCCUUACUCUCUCAAUUGUGUUGUGUUACCUAUAUUUUAUUUCCUCAAGUGACUAAAAUAUUCUAUUUCAAUUUAAUUUAUUUUUAUUUUAGAUUGCCUCAAGGACCCGUCUUAAGGUUUUCUUUCCUCCUGUUUUCCCCACAACAUUCUACCUUUUGGUUUCUCACUAAUCCUGUUUCUUUAAACUUUAAGGACUGAUUGAUGGCUCUUGUUUGGAACCUGUAUCAAGUUUGAAUAUUUGUCAGCGAUGUAUCAUCACCAGGUGUCCCACUUUUUGCAAUAUCAUUUAUGGGGGGAUAUUUAUGUAUGUGUGACAGUCUGCACGACUCACACAGACAUCUUACACUUUGGUCGCAUAUUUUUGCUAAAUUAUAGUGGAACUGAUGGGGACGGAGGGAGAAGAGCAGGGCGAAGGGCAAAGCACGGGUUGGGUGACAGGAUACACACACACACACACACACACACACACACACACACNCACACACACACACACACACACACUUGCCACUAACUUUCCACUUGGUUUGGUAGCAUAGCCAUAUAAAUGCCACAUAGUUAGAAGCCAGCUGAGACACACGGCACAUUUGAUUUAUAGUUCUUCUUCAGGUGCCAACAUCUGCUCAACUAAUACUUUACCAAAUAUUUUAACAAUUUGGAUCAUAACUAAAUCCAGACUGGAAAUUUACUGCAGUUUAGUUUGAUUAUAUAUUUCUCAGGGUAAUUAUACAUGAAUAAACAUCAUUAUGUCAGAAUCUGCGUAAAAGGUGAGUUGCUGCACCAACUUACACACACUCUAUUAGUUCCCUAUAAACAUGCCUUAUACUUUCAUCAAGAUCCUCAAAUCAUUUCCUGGUAAAAGGAAGAAAAGAGGAAAGAAUGAAAAUGUUUAAAAACAACCACAUCCUAAUACUUACCACCAUGUUUUGUGGAAAUCUGUGAAGCAGUUUUUGUGUAGUCUUGCUUAUAACCAAACCAACCACCAAUAUAUGGAUAGGGGUGAAAACAUAUCCUCAUUGGGAGAGGUAACAAAUAUAAUAACAGGACAACAGGAGCAGGGUAGGUCAGGCAGCGGAGCAGUGUCACAACAUGCAAAUAGUAUAUUGACUGACAUUUUUAGACAACAAGAGUUUACAAGUGAUAGUGCUGAAAGAUUUAGUGGUCUGAUAGCAAUGUUCUUCACUGUAUGUGAUUGCUUAAGUCCCUGAUGUGCGCUGGUUCAGCAGUCCAUUUAUGUGCUGCUUUAACUGAAAAGGCAGAUUGAUUAAAAGCAGCGGGGUAAUGCCAUUUCCUAUUGUGGCUCAUCUUGUCAUUUCAUUUGUAUUUAUUUGUUGCUUCACAAAGAGUCUCAGCCCAGAGGAAGCAUGCCAGCAACAAAAUACAUGUAUCAGGUUCUCUCAGGUUAAAAAAAUAUUAUAUUUUUCCAGAUGUUUCAGUGCUGAGAACUAUUCAAUUUCUUACCAUUGGUUUUUAUGGUUUGUUGAAAUAAGUGGUCUGUUAAGGUUGAACUACUGCUUGUGACCAGCUUGUUAAACGGUGGGUUGGGUGCAAUAGGAUUCUAGAAUAAAUAUUAAUUCUAGCAGCAGUGUAAUACAUUAUGAAUAUGAAACUGAUUGUGAAUCUGAAAUUUGCUAAAUUAUUCUUGACCCCUGAGAUUUUAAGUCCUAACAGACCCAAGGUAUUUUAAUUCUUUGACAAUUUCUAAUCCCCAAACUAGACAAUUUUUUUUUUUUAUUCAUCCCACAAAGAAUAAAAAUCCAAUCUUGUUCAUAACUUUGUACUGAGCUUAAGCUAUACCGGUAGUGCUUCACCCUUGAUUACAGUGUGGUGUGUGUCCAGGCUGUUUGUAGAGAGAGUAACAGUGAGUCAUACAUUACCACUGUCUGCCUUGGAAUACAAUGUGCUCAGUGACACCUCCCAUAAUUCACAGGGGCAGAGAAUAUGGCUCCAUAUUUUUCCAGCACACAUGGAGACAAACAUGGGACGCAGAGGUAGGAGUGUCUCUGAUACACUCAACACCACUGCCAAACUCAGUCCAACAUAUUGUGUGUUUCAGUGACAACCUUUAUUUUUCAAGUGUUGGGCAGCAAUGUAUUAUG